AUUGCUUCCGUCCGAUAACGACACCUGCUUCACUUUCUUUCCUCUGCACUCUACUGUCCACAGCUGCUCCGCCAUCGCAUUGUCUGUGUGUGCAAGUCGUACAUUCUUGAUGAUAAGGGUGCUCUGGGGAACGUCUGCUCGAUCAACCGUUGCCUCUGCUAAGGAGCUGUCUGCACUUUCAAGAGGCUCUCUCCACCAUUUUUGAAUCCAUUGGAGGCCAAACGGUUCCAUGAAGACGUGAUGAGUGCGGAUGAGAGGGGCGAUAUUGCGUGGUUGGUUAUACUUAGGUACCUGACCUAAGUAUGAUGACAUAGCUUUAUUCAACCGCUCAUCCGUUCGCGCCGUCUAUUUAAAACGUGCGCAGUCUUUCGGCAAUUUUAUCUGUUUCCCUCCACUAUACGAUGAGCUGCCCAAACUGCUUUAAAGGCGAGAUAUUGGCUGGCGAACCAACAGGAACGAUUUCCAUCCAAGGAGCUUACUAUGCGCAAAGUUCCGAACCCUCGACGCGUGCUGUGCUACUGCUCACGGAUAUCUUUGGUCUUCGACUCAAAAAUUCCAAGAUUCUCGCCGACUUCUUUGCUGAACAGUUGAAGUGUGAUGUUUGGGUCCCAGACCUUUUCGAUGGCAAGCCACCUGUGGAGGUUCAUGAAAUGAAAAUUCCGGAACGUGUUGGCGAGAAAAUCGGAUUCUUUGGAUAUCUCACAUUCUUCUGGAUUUUUUUGAAACGCUUUCCCCUUGUUAUACGUAGUCGGCCAAGCGUGGUGGAUCAGAGAGUGACUACUUUCAUAAACGCACUGAAAGCAGAGAAAAAGUACGAAAAGCUAGGUGCCGUUGGAUACUGCUUUGGAGGAGCCGUCGCUGUGAGGAUCGGAGCCACGAACCUCUUCGAUACUAUUGUUGUCUGCCAUCCCGGCGGGUUGUCCACUGAACAGUUUAAAGCGCUCAAGGUGCCUUCUUCUUGGGCUUGCGCUGAAGAGGACAUGGGCUUCAAACCUGCUGCACGCGCCGCCGCCGAAGCAGAACUGGCGGGAAGAAAGGGAAAACCGAACUUUGUAGAAUACGAGUUCAUUGACCACAAGGGGACCACUCAUGGAUUUGCAGCUCGGCCGAACCUAGCUUACCCAGAGGUGAAGGCGGGUUUUGAGGCUGCUUUGCAGCAGACUGUUGAGUGGUUCAAGAAGACGUUACUGGCAUAAUAAUGUCAUUAGCUGCAAGCCUCCAUAUAUCAUGCUUUUGGAUAUUCUCUUUUCGAAUGUUUUGACCUGAUGUGAAUAUAUUCAGCCGAUUUUGUCC